CCGACAUGUCAACUAACGAAUAUGAUCGUCCCCCACGCAUGUACAUGGUGGCAAAAUAUGAUCCCAUUGGUGCAUUCUUGCGACCUUGGAAGAAGUUUACCAAAGGCAAAGUCUGCAGCACUCUGGCUAAAGGACCUAAUGCAAGGAGUGACCUUUUGGAAUUGAUGUACGAAUAUAUUGACCAGUCAGUGCUUAUUGAAAUUUAUCCAUUAUUGCCGAAUGAACCGAGUAUUCAUGACGUAGAAAGGGUUCUCAUUGAACAUUUUGAGGCGGCAAGUUACCUGUUUGGUCCGGGAUUCACGGUAGAUAUCCACGCGAAGCAAACCGACAUGAGUGCGCCAACAGAACGUGCAGCAUGGCGGCGAGCAGUCAUGAUGACGGAAUUAGCAGAAUUCGCGGUAGGCAGAAAUUUUUACACCACGGAGACAGAGUUGAACCCCCAGGGACGCAGUAAGAAAGCAUUGCAGAAUGCCCCGAUGAAAUUUAGUAAGCUAGACACAACAUCAUCGGGUCUGACGCCACAACAAGUGUACGAAGCCAACCAGGCAAUACAUCAACAGUCGGAAACCGCAUCGGCGAAGCAUGUACGGCCACGGGUGUGA